AUGAACCUGAACCUUGAUGAAACCGAACCAUUGACCCUCCGCUCCGCCUGCUCGCGCUGUCAUGGGCAUAAACUCCGCUGCGUGCAGGUUCGCGGGGCGCAGGGCUGUGUUCGGUGCACGAGGGCGGGUGUCAAGUGUGUGGUGAGGCCGUCAAAGAGGGUUCGGCGGGAGCGAGAGCGAGGGCAGACAAUGACAAUGACAAUGACAAUGGGGCAGAGCAGAAGGGGUUCUCGUUCAGAACGCGGUAGCAGCAGCAGGACGUGUCUGUGUAUGGAGGCCGCUACGCCUACGCCUACGCCCACGCCCACGCCCAGUACGACUCCUCCGGAGACCAGAGCUCGGACGCAGUCCGUUGUGGAGAAUCUGCCGCUGACGCCAUACACUCCCACCAAUGGCUUCGACAGCGUAGACUACUGGGGCUCGUUCGAGUUGGGAGACGCGGUUUCCUCGCUGGCCGCAUCGAAAGACGACGAUCCGGUUGGCUUUUGCAUAUUCGACCCCGCGAUGCAGGUGGAUGGGGAUGCAGACGAGGAUCGUGCUCUCCUCGAUCCGGCAGCGCUGGGAAUCCCUACCUGUAGUCCGCCGACGAGUGCGAAUCUCUCUGCGGUACAGGACUGGGACGACCAACCGCCGCCGGGCAAUAGACCAGCAGUUGGCAGUGUGGGUGGAGGUCAAAAUGGAGAGGACUCCCCGUCCCGGAGAGAACCCACCCCGGCAACCAAAGACGAGGAGCACAGCCGAGCAAGCAAGAUCGAUGAACACGGUUCUUGGAUCGGAAGGCUUUUCAGUCUUCACGCGGAGCUCGGCGAGCAUCAGCGGGCGCUGGGCGCCUUUGUCGAAGCCUGUCGAGCGGGAUGCCAGAGGCCUGAACCACCGGCAUUGCUUCCGGGGUUUCCAUCCCAGCCUGAGUCGGGGGCGUCGUCAUUCAUGGAAACAACAUUCCGCCUGACGAUCGAAUUGGUGGUUCUCGUGGGCGAGCUGACGCCCUUGAAUUCACGGGGAGGGACAGGGACAGGGGCAGAUCCAGAUCCAGACGCAGAUCAAACCACACAGCCCAGUCUAGUCUCCUCCCUGGAAGACACAGCAAACAUCCUCCUGAUGCUAUCCUGCUCCACACGCCUCCUGGGUAUAUUCUCCUCGGUCUUCACGUGCUUCCACCAGAUCCUCAUUACCGACUCCGCGCAAUCAGAGCUCAAGCUCAAUCACAUCCACACAUUCCUCCCCAAAGUCUCCAUCGGCCCCGUCCCGGUCCACGGGAGCUCCUCGCGCCUCACCCUCGCAAUGGUCCUGGAUUCGGCGCAGAAUGUGGUAGCAGAACUCACCGCGGGUAUGAUGCGAGCCGUGCAGGUGGUGGUGGAUGGGGACGAGGAUGGGUUAAGCACUACUCUGGAAGAAACGCAGAUUCCAGGGCAAGAGGGUUUGAGGGAUUGUGCUUUGGAGCGGGGCGGGCGGCAGCUGUCUGGUCCGAUAGGUAGUCUGGGCAGAGGGAGAGGGAGCACUGAGACUAGGGUCAGCAAGAGCCGUGGUAAUGGUAUUCCACCGUUACCAGCACCGUCAUCUUCAUCUUCAUCUUCAGCGGACCGUGGAUGUGGAUGUGGAUGUGCUGCGAGUAGCGCAGCGGAGGCGUUGUUCACCCCAUGGCAGACGACUAUCCGCAUGGUUAGCGCUACAGCUUUGGAGACCAUUAGAGUAUUGAAAGAGGCUAUACCAUAG